CUGAAGAUCGUCCACCCUCUCAACCGCAUCAACCGAAUGGGUCUGCGUUAUGCCCUGUGGGUCUCUGCUGGCCUUUGGGUUCUCAUCAUAGCCAUGACUGUCUACCUCCUAACAGAUGAACAUUUCUACUAUCUAAACAACCACACGCAGUGCGAGAGCUUCAACAUCUGCUUUGGGAGUAAUUCACGGUUCAACUGGCACAAUGUAUUCUACGUUCUCCAGUUCUUUGUGCCCACGGCCAUUGUCAUCUACUGCACAACCUGCAUAACGUGGCAGUUGAAAAGUAAGACAGUGGACACACAGGGCAAAAUCAAAAGAGCCGUGCAGUUCAUCUUAGCAGUGGCUGCGGUUUUCAUUAUAUGUUUCUUCCCGAGCAACAUCUCGCGUAUCGCCAUGUACGUCCUGAAACUCUGGUAUAACGAGUGCCACUAUUUCCGUGAGGCAAAUGACGCGUUUAAAACCAGUGUCUGCUUUACCUACUUCAACAGCGUGCUCAAUCCCAUCGUCUAUUACUUCUCAAGCCCUGCCUUCAGUGGAUCCUUCAGGAGAAUCUACAUGAGACUUCUGGGAAAGAAAAUUGAGGAAUAA